AUGAAGCUAAUUAUAGCGUUGUGUCUCUUAUGUGGGUGCGUAGCUCCGCACACAUGUCGCUCAGUAGACAGCCGCGACCCACCAGCUCAAGACCUGGAGCCCUUCGUAGCCCGUCACCACCACGAGGGCAACAUCGCCGAACUCCUCAUACCACUCCUGGAGCGCAGCCUAGCCCAAAGCGAGGCCAGGUCCAAUGAACGGCAGCGGAGACGACCAAAACCUGGUAAAAAGGUCAUCCAGGUCCUACCCUAUCCAGGGUCUGAAGAACACAAGCGAAAAGGCUGGAGGAAACUAAACUCUCAUAAGAAGCAAGUCGUAGAAAUUACGCCGUUACAUGGUAAGAAUGGUGCUAAGCCUCUAGCGUAUAUACUGUCAGCAGCUAAACCAAGUCAUGUGGAAGAGACGAUGACUAAUGAUGAUUCGGCCAGCGGUGAACGUGAACAGCAAUUAUAUGAAGAAAAAAAUGUUAGUAUAAACAUUUUGAAGUCUGCCGAAGUCUCAAGCAGUAUGUUAAACAACCCUGCUAACAUAUAUGGUAGUAGCAAAGAUUCUCAAACUAGCAAUAAAGAAUCCAUCUCCUAUUCGAUGGCAGAAAGCAAUGAUGAAUCUGGAAAUCAGGAUGAAAAGAGCUCGGACGAAUUAAGUACAGAAUUCAGGUUUGCUAGACAACAUGGCGUAAAAUCUCAUAAUCAUAAAAUUAUAGUCAGCGAUGAGGAAAAAUCUCUGUCACUGGAAGAUAGAGUCGCAAUACAGAGAGAGGUGAAAUCUCAUAAUCAUAAAGUAAUAGUAAGUGAUGAAAAUAAGUCUGAAUCACUUGAGAAUGUAGAAUUGACAAAAGAUGAUGUAGGCUCUACGGCAGAUUAUUCUACAAGUGAAAGCUCGGAAGAUAAACUUGAAUCUAAAAACGGAGAUCUGACCGGAGAAAGUCAAGUUACUUUAGAUAACGAUGUUACUUCGAAAUCAGAUGAUACAGUCGAGCAAAGAGAUUUAUCGGUAGAAAACCUUAAUCUUAUAGCUGAGAACAGAGAUUCAUCAGGUGAAAACCUGGAUUUAUCAGCUGAAACCCUGGAUUUAUCAGCUGGAAACCUGGAUUUGACACCUGAAACUACAGGUCCAACGGCUGAAGUAAGAGAUUCUUCAUCAGAAUAUAAAGACUCGAUUGAAAACGGAGAUUUGGCAGCAGAAUUGGACUUAACGGCGGUAAACAGAGAUGCAACUGCAGAUAAUACAGACCUGACAGCUAAACUUGAUCUGAUAGCUGAAAAACCUUUGACACCAGAAGCAACACUGUCUUUAGAAGAUAAAUCUGCAUCCUUAGAUGAGAGUGGGACAUUAGAACAAGCUUCGGGCCAAACUUUAAACGAUCUUUCUGCUGAAGAGAAAACUUUAUCAUUAGAAGACGACACGAGCGAAAAUACUGGACUAUCUCAAGAAAUAAUAGACCCAGGACAUACACAUACUCACGACCAUCAUCAUCACACACACUUAGAUGAUGUAAAUCUUAGUGCUGAAGAUAAAACACAGAUUUUAGGCCCUGAUAAUCAGAUUCAAUCAAGAAAUUUGAUAGCAGACGACAUUGUAAUAAGCCACAGUGAUUCUACAGAGAAGAAUUUCGGUAAAAUCUUUGAUUCUAAUGCUAGAGAUAUUAUAGAAUUGAUUCAAUCGUCGGUAGAAGCAAGCACGGCUAAACAUAGAGAUUGUAAAGAGGUUAACGACAAACAUUCACAUGAUCACAAAUCUUAUAGGCUGUCGUUCUUGUUUAACAAGUAAAUUGAAGCUCGAAAUUUGCGCUAAA